GGACAGGCGAGAUUUGGGCGGGGAUUUGGCGGCUGUAGACUUCCAGCGAGUUGUGGAGCGUUGUGCCCUCCGGGUGUACAGAGAAGAGCGGAACACCUUCCACUAGACAGCAUGUCUUCUCCGCCUAGAGAGAAACCGGACACCAAGGCUGGACACCCGCCGGCCGUAAAAGCUGGAGGCAUGAGAAUUGUGCAAAAGCAUCCACAUACACCUCAGGCUGAAGCAAAAGAGGAAAAAGAUGAGGAAUCUGAGCAGUGGGAAAGUGGCAUUGUUCAAGCCAGACCACCGCUAAUAAUCUCUGGUGCUAUUGCAAGGGGUGACAAGGACUUCCCUCCUGCUGCUGCUCAAGUUGCUCAUCAAAAACCACAUCCCGCUGUGGAGAAGUUACCUCCUGCCCAACAUUUUAAUCAGCACAUUCAUCAGCCUCGCAAGUAA